CACAUCUUCGCCUCGUUGGGAGCCAUGCACAACGGACCAUCUUCGUAAAACAAGCACAACAACGCACCGCGACCGCAGCAGACGAACAUGGUGGGAUCGACGUCCGCGCGGAGAUGAACUCGUCGCCAACGCCCUCGGCCGGCCACUGGCCCCCGCGAAGGCCAUCCAAGAGAAGCAAACUGCGCAACGGGUCCGUCAUCAUUCCCUCGACCGGCGAGCGGUUGCACCGGGCUUUCACCCUUCGCCCCUCCGGCCUUUUUACUUCCAGACAAGCCGAUGCGUCCGAGUCAUCCACUACGGAGCCGUUCUUGGCCCGCGGCUCUUUGUCAGACCGACUGCAGGCUGCGGCAAAUAGCGCCCGAAAGGGAGGCGCCCGGCUGCUUCGCUGGCUUGACUCGCCUGCCGGCCAUGGUGUGAUCAAGUGUACACUAGCAUACACCCUUGGGAGCUUAGCAACGUUCUUGUCCCCGCUCUCCAACUUCCUGGGCAGGCCGGAUGGGAAACACGUCGUAGCCACCUUGACCGUCUACUUCCACCCCGCGAGGUCUAUAGGAUCCAUGAUUGAGGCGGUCUUGAUCGCGAUCGUGGCCGUCGCAUACGCAGAACUGGUCUCGAUCUUGUCGAUGUGCACAUCCGUCCUGUUCGGUGGCAUCAUGGGCAUGGUCGCCCUCGCACACGGCCUCGUCCUGGUUGUUUUCAUUGGCGGCGGCUUUGGCUUCAUGGGAUGGGUCAAGCAGAAGAUGAAUAACCCGCUCGUCAACGUGGGCAGCACUCUUGCCUCGCUCGCCAUCACCGUCGUGGUCACCAAGGAGACGGCCGUCUUUACAAGUGUCUUCUCGAACCAGAAGAUUGUCCAGUUGUUAAAGAUGCUCAUCAUGGGCAUCACCAUCACCACCGUCGUCAACAUUCUGAUUUGGAGAGUGUCCGCCGUGUCGGCCUUGCGUCAGUCGAUGAAUAAGGCGUCUAUCUCGUUGGGCGACAUGCUGUCGAUGGUCACCCGCGGCUUUCUAAGCGGGUCCGAAGACGACAUGCUAUCCCCCGAGUUUGCUGCGGCAUCGUCCGCGUACUCCUCGGUUUAUCCUCAGAUGACUAAGAAUCUCCGCGAGGCCAAGUUUGAGCGUUACUUUCUGGGCCAUGAGAGACUCUACCAGCUUGAUAGAGCUGUGGUAAGGUCAAUGGAGACCCUGGCCCAGUCCAUUGGCGGAUUGCGAAGUGCGGCCAAUUCCCAGUUUGCCCUGUUGAAGGAGCCAUUAUUCACUCCCUUGUCGCGCGUCAUGUCCCCUACUGAGUUUGCCAGCUCCCCGACGGCCUCACCUGGCCUGUAUCGAACGAUGUCUGGCCCAACGCGAGUUGGUAGGGAUAAGUUUCUCACCCUAUCUUCCAUUGACGAGGCGUCCGAGGACGGCCAUGAGGAGGGGAGGACUGCCGUUGGAGAGAGGCGCCGGUCCGACGCCACCGCCACAAGCCUGCCGCCCUUUCAACAUUCGUCGGAGAUAUUCGAGCUGUUUAUCCAAUUGCUUGGGCCCUCGAUGAGGUCGCUGGCAUACACUCUAUCUGAGGUGCUCCGGGAUCCGCCCUUUGGAGAGGCCCCGGACUAUAACAUCACCAUCAACGCCAAUUUCCGGCACAGCCUUACCGAUGCCCUGUCACUCUUUAACGAGGCGAGAGCCCAUGCCCUCCAAGAACUGUACAAAACUCUCGAGCUAGACCGGACGCGGUCCAAGAGUAUCCAAGCCGACUUUGAAGAAGUUGCGGCGGCCUGCGGACACUUUACUUUCAGCCUGCAGACAUUUGGGGAAGAGAUGCAAAAGUAUCUGGACGUAUUGGAGGAUUUGAAGUUUGCCAACGAGCAUCGCAAGCGUAGUUGGAACUGGCUCAAGUGGUGGAGAAACAGUCGCCAAUCAGCCCAUAAUGCCUUGGCUCUGCCCUACGACAAUGCGGAACGCGUCGCCUUGAUCAAGCCUAUCAAGAAGACUGCCAUUCCCAGAGGAAUAGCGGAGCCAUUAGUCAGGCGGAGAGAUACGUACAAUUGGGAAGCCGCUCCCGAGACUAAGAAAACAGGGCUCGUCGCGAGGUUGUCUCAAAAGAUCCUCGCGGUGGCGAGGAGUCUGGCCAGGGAUGACGUUCGAUUUGGCCUCAAGGUGGGCGUAGGGGCUGUCCUUUGGGCCUCGCUCGCCUUCAUGCCACAGACCAGGGACCUGUAUCGGCACUGGAGAGGCGAGUGGGGUCUUCUGUCCUUCAUGAUCGUCUGCUCCAUGACGGUAGGCGCAUCCAACACCACCGGCUGGGCAAGGUUCGUAGGGACCGUAAUCGGCACCGCCGCUGCCGGCCUGAACUGGCAAGUGUCAGGUCACAGCGCGGUCGCCCUCGUCCCCCUUGGGUCGCUGGUUGCCUUCUGGAGCUUCUAUGUAAUCAUCGCACGGGGGAAUGCUCCGUUGGGCAGAAUUACCCUGCUGGCCUACAACGUGUCGACACUGUACGCGUACAGCCUUACGCAGAAGGUGGAGGACGACGACGACGAUGAGGGUGGAGCGGACCCCAUCAUCAAGGAGAUAUUGCUUCACCGCUUCGUAGCUGUGACGGUCGGCAUUCUCUGGGGCCUGAUCGUAUGCCGCGUGAUCUGGCCCAUCUCAGCCCGCAGGAAGUUCAAGGAGGGCUUCAGCAUGCUCUACCUCCAGAUGGGCCUCAUCUGGAAGCGCGGACCGCUGGCCAUCCUUUUGCGGAGCGAUUGCAGCCGCUCCUACCUCCGCACGGGCGAGCAAGCAGCGCUGCAGAAGUACGCGGCGCGCCUCGACGACCUUCGCGCUAGCGCGGCCCGUGAGUUCGAGCUCCGCGGCCCAUUUCCGUCGGAGCAGAGCCGGCGGCUCAUGGCUUGUACGCACCGUCUGCUCGACGCCUUUUACGCCAUGUCACUCGUCACACAGCGGAAGGGUCACCUAAGCGAGGGCGAGCGCGCCCUGCUGCUUUACACGGCCGAUGAGCGCGCCAUGCUGUGCGACCGCAUCUUCCAUGUCUUCCAGGUGCUCGCCUCGUCGCUCAUGUUGGAAUAUCCGCUCACGGACGCGAUUCCCAGCGUGACUCGGCCGAGGGACCGGUUGUUGGGAAAGAUUUUCCAGUUCAGGAAGGAGCAUCAGCACGAUGCUGCGGGUGAAGGUGUGGAUGGCACUAGCAACGGCAACGACAGCAGUGUGGCCGGUUCUCGAGGCUUGGGACAACUCAGGCACGUGAAUGUACAGGAACGCGACUACGCGCUGCUCUAUGCUUAUGCCCUGGUAACCGGCCAGGUUGCAGAAGAGCUGAAGGCGGUUGCUAAAGAGAUUGAGGACCUGUUUGGCGUUUUGGAUAAUGAAACGCUUCUACUGCAGUGAUCGUUCUUUUUUUUAUUCUUGUUCAUUGAAGCAAGAUCAGCUGUGGGGGGAUUCGGUCAGGCUAGGGCUUGGGGUCUAAGGUUGGAAAAGGAGUUGGAUUCAAGGAGUUGGAUUCAAGGAGUUGGAUUCAAGGAGUUGGAUUCAUUCGUUGGCAUACAUGAGAAUGUUUGGUAAAAGGCGUUCUUCCCGUCAUGAUUGGUUAUGCGCUCUCUUGUGAGAAGUGGAACACCUGGGCAGGAAACAAUCGGAACACGACACUGAAUCGAAUGCAAGUCUCACAAGGCCCUUUUCAAAAAGGUAGUCCGUACUAGCCCAGUAUCGGUUGUUCGGAGUUUUUUUUUUUUAUAGCGAAUGAGUCGCAGAUCCAAAGGAAAAAGGCUUACGAAAAUUUACAGGAUAUAACCCUAACCCUAAACUGCA